AUGGACCUCUCUCCAGCCUCGAUCCAAGAAGCCUACACCCUGAUCACGCCUCACAUCCACCGCACCCCGCUCUUAACCUGCUCAACGCUCGACACCCUCGCGUCCACCCCGCAGUCGGUCGCCGACCUGGCCAACACCCCCUUCGCAGGCCUCGAACCCGCCCAUCCACGCUUCCGCUUCUUUUUCAAAUGCGAGAAUUACCAGCGUAUCGGCGCCUUCAAGGCCCGGGGCGCCUUCCACGCCUUGAUCCGUUUGUUACAGGGUGGUGAAGACGUGCGAACGAGGGGUGUCAUCACCCAUAGCUCAGGGAAUCAUGCACAAGCUCUCGCCCUAGCAGCCAAAACACUGGAUAUCCCCGCGUACGUGGUGAUGCCGGAGAUCUCGACCCCCUCGAAGAUAGCAGGGACGCGCGCCCACGGGGCGACGGUAGUGUUCAGCGGAUCGACGAGCGAGGAGCGCGAAGCCGUGGUGCGUGAUCUACAGGCUCAGACGGGGGCGAUUCUCGUGCCGCCCUACGACGACGCAAACGUUAUUUGCGGACAGGGGACGACCGGGUUAGAAAUGCAGGCUCAGUACGAGGCACUGGUCGAGCAAACGCCGCGGUUAAGCGUGCAUCCUGAACAGAAGGUCUUAGACGCAGUCAUCACACCCAUCGGUGGGGGUGGGCUCAACGCCGGCGUGGCGACGUACUUCUCCGACAAGACCACCAAGGUGUUUGGCGCGGAGCCUUCGUUCGAGGGCGCGGAUGACUGUCGGCGCGGUCUAGAGGGGGGAGUCCGCGUGGAGAGCGUCAAGACGUUGACCAUCGCGGACGGGCUGCGCACGCCCGUCGGGAUCCUGAACUGGGCGGUCAUUUCGGAUCCUAGCAAAGUGGCGGGCGUGUAUGCCGUCACCGAGGAGCAGAUCAAGGCUGCCAUGAGGCUGGUCCUGGAGCGGAUGAAGGUCGUCGUCGAGCCGAGCGCUGUCGUCGGCUUGGCCGUGUGUCUGUUUAACGAGGAGUUCAGACGUCUCGUCGAGAAAGAGGGGGGGGAUCAGGGAUGGGAUGUUGGAAUCGUGUUUAGUGGAGGCAAUACCACCGUCGAGGCGAUUGGUAAAUUGUUUACUUAG